GAUGUGAGAGUUCAUUCCAAAAUGGCGCCGUCCAAGAAGAAACAUGCUAGUAACCAGGCUUGUGUUAUUCCUGGAGGAUUUACAGUGCUGUCUGUACAGUUCAAUUCAGACAGUGUUGCCCAACACAAGCUGUACGUGAAGGAGCACAAAGUCCGGUCGGAGAGGAGCUCACACAGACCGAUGGACCGGACGCUGUUUGUGCUCAACAUCCCUCCAUACUGCUCAGAGGAUGUUGCCAAACAGAUGUUCUCUCAGUUCGGUUCUGUUCAGUCCGUGGAGCUGAGGGACCAUCCCGGUUCCUCUCAGGACUCUGGACCCAAGAUAUCCAAGUUCUUCAGACCAGCUGCCAAACAGGGUUUCAAAGUGGGCUACGUUGUGUUUGAAAACUCCUCCAGUAUAGCAGCAGCUAAAUCACACCCUCAUAAUGUUCCUCUGGUGGUCUGCACAGAGAAGCGUCGGGUGAAGACAGGAACACAGAAAUGGAUUCAGCAGUACACAGAAUCUUUCAUUCAUACGGAUAACCUGCAAAAAAUAGUCGACUCCUUCAUGGAGGGCUACGACAAACGGAAAAAGGAGGAAGAGGAGAAGCAGAAGGAGGAGGCCGAGCAGCAACAGGAGGAUGAGGAGGGCUGGGUGAAAGUCACCAGAGGAACGAAGGCCCGCCCCCACAGCGAGGCAGCCAAUAAGAAGACUCUGCAGAAGGAGAUCAGGAAGAAGAAGAGGAAGGAGCUCAUGAACUUCUACACCUGGCAGCACAGAAACACCCAGAAAGAACAUAUUGCUGAACUAAGGAAAAAGUUUGAGGAGGACAAACAGAGAAUAGCUCUCCUGAGGGCGCAGAGAAAGUUCAAACCUUACUGAAUCAACUUCCUUUCAUUCCUUGUUUCACUGCUUUAGUGUGUUUUAGUUACUUUAUAACCUGGAGCAUUUCUUUGUCAAUAAACUAUUAAACUGA